AUGUCGGAAACCGUACGGGAGAAACAUGAUCUGGAGUGGGAGGCAGAAGUCGGGACGGCGGCCGCCUUGGCCGCACCCGCAGCAGCAGCAGCUCGGGACGAAAGUGGACCUAUCCCAUUGCCAUCAUCACUUGGCGGUAGCUCAGCAUCCAUCGGCGUUCGCCACAUCGAAUGGCGACGUCUCGAAGCAAGUAAUUGUGUGUCGCUUUCCGGUCUCUGGAGCACCGCUGAGAAUAGGAGCUCAGUUGUUUACACGACUUCCUCAAUUCUUUUCACCACUGGGGCCAGCAGUGGUCGUUAUCGUAAAACCAAGAAAAGGGUUUCUGUAUACUUGCAGAUGCUACAGCAACCAGUUCCCGAACUGCGCAGCUUCCAGUCGCUCUCGAAGUAUGCGGGAGGCCCGAGGUCCGUUCUUGGGCGCCGUACAUCAAAUGUUACGACGCGCCGACCGUCGCAGACAAAAAAACGAUUUGACGACCUCGAGGCCAUUGGAUCCACUUGCGGUUCCAGAGAAACUGUGUCGGAGUUGGCUAAGCAGGGUCCCUCUGUUGAACCACCUCCUCGGUGGGAAAAGCAAGUGGAAUGGGGAGAAGAGGAACACGUUGAUGAGGCGGAAGACUUGCCUUACCCUGGAUUUGCUGAGCCAGCAUUGCGGUGUCUGAAACAGGCCCAACCACCGCGAUCGUGGUGUUUGACAUUGGUGAUGAGUCCAUGGUUCGACAGAGUGACAAUGAUCGUCAUUCUUAUCAACUGUAUAACAUUAGGUAUGUAUCGACCGUGCGAUGACGGCCCAAGUUGCACAACGUAUCGCUGCAAUAUCCUCGCCUUAAUCGAUCAUGCCAUUUUCGCUUAUUUUGCUCUUGAGAUGGUCAUAAAAAUCAUCGCACUCGGUUUCACCGGACCGGCCGCGUACCUGUCAGAUACAUGGAAUCGGCUGGAUUUCUUCAUUGUCAUGGCGGGAAUUGCCGAAUUUCUUUUGCAAGAAUAUCUCGGCGGUAACAUCAAUCUUACCGCAAUUCGAACGGUACGAGUGUUACGGCCGCUUCGCGCUGUGAAUCGGAUACCAUCAAUGAGAAUUCUGGUGAACCUUUUGUUGGACACGUUGCCAAUGCUGGGCAAUGUUUUGCUGCUCUGUUUUUUUGUAUUUUUCAUAUUUGGAAUAGUUGGAGUUCAGCUCUGGGCAGGUUUAUUGAGAAAUCGGUGUGUUAUCAACUUACCAAAAACUAUAUCAGAAAAUCAGAGCGCACUGUUUAAUGAUGUAAAACUGACUAGGUUCUAUAUUCCCGAGGAUACCUCACUAGAGUACAUAUGUAGUCAAACAGAUGCGAACGGGUUGCACACGUGCUCCAAUCUGCCUCCAUAUACAGUGGAUGGAGUAAAGUGCAAUUUAACUAUAAAUGACUAUGAUCGAGUCAGUGAUAAAGCGUGUAUCAAUUGGAAUAUCUACUACAACGAGUGCCAGGUUAUGCAACGGAACCCAUUUCAAGGCUCAGUAUCAUUUGAUAAUAUAGGAUUCGCAUGGGUAGCGAUCUUUCUUGUUAUAUCGCUGGAAGGAUGGACAGAUAUCAUGUACUAUGUACAAGAUGCCCACUCUUUCUGGAACUGGAUAUAUUUUGUGUUACUAAUAGUUAUAGGUGCUUUCUUCAUGAUCAAUCUGUGCCUCGUCGUAAUCGCAACUCAGUUUGCUGAAACUAAACGUAGAGAAACUGAGCGUAUGUUACAAGAACGGAAACGACUACAAAGUCGCAGUCCCGACUCGAUCUCUGGCAGUGGAAGUGAGCUCGGCGGCACUUCGUCGAAGGAGGAUGGCGGCGAUACCGUUUAUGCGGCAAUUGUGCGAUUUAUAGGGCACACAUUUAGAAGGACCAAACGCCAUGUCAAAAGGAAAUUCAACGCAUACAUGCAGCAAAGGCGGGAGAAGAAGAAUACCGAGGCAAAAAAACGUAGAAAAUCAAAAUUGGAUGACAUGGCAACAUUAUCGCGAAUCGAAGAGCACACCGAUGAGGAAGAAGAAGUUGACGCAACGAUUGAAGAUACGGUAGUAACGAGAAAACGGCCACGGAAAGUCACUAUUGACGAUGAACAAGACAAAAUUGGUAAUGGCAGCGCUGCAGGUCGUGUCAGUAAUAAUGUGGCGAGCGGCGAAUGCUCUGCUAACGAAGAUGAGUGGUCAGAAAAUGAAGAAUCAAAGGUAGUGAAAAAGCAAUCACGUUCACCUUCGAAAUGGCAGUGGUUUCGUGACAAAGUGCGGCAUUUUGUGGUUUGCGACCAUUUUACGCGCGGAAUCCUUGUUGCCAUCCUCGUCAAUACGCUGAGCAUGGGUGUCGAGUACCAUCAGCAGCCUGAAUUCCUUACGACUGUCUUGGAUUACUCCAAUCUAUUCUUUACGGGUCUUUUUGCAUUUGAAAUGUUUUUGAAAAUCUUUGCUGAUGGUUUAUUUGGUUACUUGUCCGAUGGAUUCAAUCUAUUUGAUGGCGGCAUCGUAGCUCUUAGCGUUCUGGAGCUAUUUCAAGAAGGAAAGGGUGGUUUGUCAGUGCUGCGCACCUUUCGACUGCUGCGAAUCCUGAAGCUGGUGCGCUUUAUGCCAGCUCUACGGUAUCAGCUCGUUGUCAUGCUACGAACAAUGGACAACGUCACUGUAUUCUUCGGGCUACUUGUACUGUUCAUAUUUAUUUUCAGCAUACUUGGCAUGAACUUAUUUGGGUGCAAGUUCUGCAAGGUAGAGGAACGGCUACUUGGUGGGCCAGCAAAGAAGUGUGAACGAAAGAAUUUUGACACUUUACUCUGGGCUCUUAUCACUGUUUUCCAAAUUCUCACACAAGAAGAUUGGAAUAUGGUGUUAUUCAAUGGCAUGGCACAAACAAAUCCUUGGGCUGCACUUUACUUUGUAGCUCUGAUGACAUUCGGGAACUAUGUGCUGUUCAAUCUUCUUGUUGCAAUCUUGGUAGAAGGAUUUCAAGAAAGUAAAGAGGAGGAAAAGCGUCAGCAGGAAGAAGAUGCUAAGAAGAAAGCUCAGGAAGAGGAAGACGAGCGCAAGAAGGAACUGGAAUUGUUACUAGCCCGAUCUACCUCACCAGCAUUUCUUAAUGGUAAGCAAGGCAAUGCAGACUGUACGUGCAUACCGAAGUCCAACAGCCCGUACAACGAUGACAAUGAGAUGUUAACAAACAAUCAUGGGGAUUACCAGUCGACAGAAGUUCAAAAACUCGAAGAAGACAGUAAACUUCUGGAUUCUGCACCCAACGCUGAUCGUCGUAUCAUCGCUCACAAUUCAUCUCCUAAGCAGCCGAAUGAAUAUAGAGACCGGUCAAAAAGGCUGAACAGACAUACAUCGCUGGUCAUUUGCGGGCAAAACGGCGGCCCGACACAUCGGCAACGCAUCCACAGUUGGAGUGGUCUGUGUCAGCAUUUCAAUCCACAGUGCCCAAUACAUGGACGUCGAGCCCUUCUGGAAACAUACGCUCGCGAAAAGUUUAUUGAGGCCAGCCAAGAACUGAAGCAAGCACUAGCAGAAGAAGAAAGACGAAAUGAGCAGAAGCAAAAUACCUGUCUGCGAAGAUUCAUUCGAAAAACAUGCUUGUACAAAAAAGCUGAAUAUUCGCUUUUUUGUUUUGGCCCAAAAAACCCAUUUCGGAUUAGAUGUCUGCAACUGACCCAGAAGAAGUGGUUCGAUUACUCCAUUUUGGCUUUCAUCGGGAUUAAUUGCAUAACGCUUGCUAUGGAGAGGCCUUCGAUUCCUCCCCAUAGUUUCGAACGAAAGUUUCUGACUUUCUCUGGAUAUGUGUUUACACUGAUAUUCACUGUUGAAAUGGCAAUGAAGGUCAUUGCCAAUGGGUGUGUGCUCGGUCGAGGUGCCUACUUCAAGGACGGUUGGAAUAUCCUAGAUGGGACGCUAGUUAUUAUAUCUCUAAUCAAUGUUCUUUUUGAGCUCUUUGCAACUGGAGACUCUCCAAAAAUUUUUGGAGUGAUUCGAGUGCUGCGCCUUCUGCGAGCUCUUCGACCAUUGAGAGUUAUCAACCGAGCACCUGGUGUCAAACUUGUGGUGAUGACACUCAUAUCUAGCUUGAAGCCUAUCGGAAACAUUGUACUCAUCUGCUGCACUUUCUUCAUCAUAUUCGGCAUACUCGGUGUGCAGCUGUUCAAGGGAAUGAUGUUCCAUUGUGUCGGGCCAGACAUAGCCAACGUCACCAAUAGAGAUGAUUGUCUGCGCGAUUCAAGGAACAAGUGGGUCAACCACCGUUACAACUUCGAUAACUUGGGCCAGGCGUUGAUGUCGCUUUUCGUUCUUUCUAGUAAAGACGGUUGGGUAUCGAUUAUGUAUCAAGGAAUAGACGCAGUUGGUGUGGAUAUGCAGCCGAUUGAGAAUUACAACGAAUGGCGGAUGAUUUACUUCAUAUCCUUCUUGCUUCUUGUGGGUUUCUUUGUCUUGAACAUGUUCGUCGGCGUCGUCGUCGAAAAUUUUCACAAGUGUAAGGAAGCGUUAGAAAAGGAAAUGCGUGAGAAGGCACGAGAAAAACGCUUGCAAAGAAAACUCAAACGCCAAAAAUACGAAGAGAGUAUGGCUGGCAGGAAAAAGAAGGUGAAGAAAAAUCAACCGUAUUGGCAUAACUACGGCACAACAAGAAUGUUCUUGAAUGGAGUUGUCACAUCGAAAUAUUUUGACCUUGCUAUAGCGGCAGUAAUAGGCAUUAACGUAAUAUCCAUGGCUAUGGAGUUUUAUAUGAUGCCGCCGGGCCUAAAGUAUGUGCUGAAAGCCUUGAAUUAUUUCUUUACGGCCGUUUUUACCCUUGAAGCAGCGAUGAAACUUGUGGCUCUUGGUGUGAGGAGGUUCUUUAGUGAAAGGUGGAAUCGACUAGACAUGUUCAUUGUCUUUCUGUCCGUUGCUGGUAUAAUAUUCGAAGAGUUCGAAGCUCUUGAGCUACCCAUCAAUCCGACAAUUAUCCGAGUUAUGAGAGUGCUACGCAUUGCUCGAGUAUUGAAGUUGCUCAAAAUGGCAAAGGGAAUCAGAUCUUUGUUGGACACCGUUGGUGAAGCACUUCCACAAGUUGGAAAUCUCGGAUCGCUGUUCUUUCUCCUGUUUUUCAUCUUCGCCGCUUUAGGCGUUGAGUUAUUCGGGAAGCUCGAAUGUUCCGAGGACCACCCGUGCGAUGGACUGGGAGAACAUGCACAUUUCAAGAACUUUGGCAUGGCAUUUCUUACUCUUUUCCGCAUAGCGACCGGUGACAAUUGGAAUGGGAUCAUGAAGGAUGCUCUUCGGGACGACUGCGACUCGACAGAUCACUGUGAGACGAAUUGCUGCGUAGAUCCAAUCUUAGCACCUUGCUUCUUUGUGAUAUUUGUGCUAAUCUCGCAGUUUGUCCUUGUUAACGUCGUCGUUGCCGUGUUGAUGAAACAUUUGGAGGAAAGCAAUAAACGCGAGGCCGAUGACGCUCCCGACGGCGGUCAAACGUCCGAUGUUGAGAAGGAGAAAGACACCGACGUCGAAGAUUGCACAAAUGAAAAAGAGAUCUCAAUGAAUAUGCUUGAGCAAGAAUUGAUAGAAGUGGAGCAACGUAUCGAAGAGGAGAUGCGGCGUCGGGAGAGCACUUGUCGCACAGAAGCGGAACUUCAGCUUUUGUACGCGAGCAGCGACACUUGCAGAGAAGAAGAUGUCGAUUACGAUGAGAACUUGUCUGCAAAUCGUUCAGCCAGAGAUUUCGCAAGGCUAGCAAACGAAAGUGCAUCCGUUGGAUCUUCGCCACACCAAUGAUUUCAGCUAACCUCAGCUGAACGUUUGUUAUUCACAGUGUCAUUUUCCACAAUGUGUCUUCAGCUCAGUUUUCGUUUACACCGAUCUGAGAACGUUUUACCGGUAUCCUUUAUGUAAUGCUUUGUACAAAUUGUUUUCCAGUCGUAAGAAUAUCGGAAGAUAUUGAUUUUUGAUUACUUUUCCGUUGUCCGGACCCAUUUUUUCAAAAAGCUCUUAUAAUUACGUGCUUUAGUUUGAAAAUACAUUUUCACGGUGACAGGAC